GUGUUUCUUUUGUUCGAGUUUUUUGUUUGUUUGUUUUCUUUUCUUUAAUUGCAAUCUCAUUGAUCCUCAUUUGUUGAACUCAAUCUGAAUCAAAGAAUUAAUUGUUUGUAACGAUUUCAUUUGCCUUUAUUAUCAAUCGUCUUUUUUCAUUUUCUUGCUAAUUUGUAUUAUCUUGAGUAUCGAUAAUGUCUUCUGAUUGGGAUACAGUUACUGUUCUUCGAAAGCGUCCAGUUAAACCAGUGUCUAUGAAAACAAGUAAGGCCAUAAAUGCUGCUCAGAAACAAGGAAUACCUAUUGAGACUUCAAAGAAAUUCAAUGCUGCUACUAAUAAACAGCACGGAACAACCUUGAAUACUGCUAAACUGGACCGAGAGACUGAAAAUCUUCACCAUAAUACGGUUGGCAUUGAUGUUGGAAAAUUGAUCCAAAAAGGUCGUCAAGAAAAAGGAUGGACUCAAAAAGAUCUUGCAACUAAAAUCUGUGAGAAAGUGCAAGUUGUCAAUGAAUAUGAAAGCGGCAAAGCCAUUCCAAAUCAGCAAGUUCUCGCUAAAUUGGAGAGAAACUUGGGAAUGAAACUUCGUGGAAAAGAAAAGGGCCAACCAUUGGCCAAAAAGGAGGACAAAAAGUGAUCAAUAAUCAAUGAAAGUUUGACCAGUUCAUGAUCAUUAAAAGAACAUUUAGUCUAAGCAAAUGUAAUCAAAUUGUUAGGCUUUAAUAUGGAUAAAAUUGCAACACGGCGAUGACCUUGAUUCUUGGUUUAUAAGAACAUGAUAACGUUUUUGAUUAACUAAUAUCUAUUAUCAUGGAUAUAAUAAAAUUGUAAAAGUGAUUCAAA